UACUUAUAUCAAAAACAAAUCAGAAAUAUUGUUAUACCAAAUCAACAACAAUGUUUUAUCGAAGGAUGUGUGCAACUCUAUGAUUUUCAAAUUAUUUCUCAAAGUUUACCGAGAACUUCAUUUCAACCAAAUCCACCAAAUCUUCUUAUGUUGUCGUUUAUUAAUUUCGAUUUGCAUCUUUUUGGUUCGUUAUCCGGGGUUCUUCAAAUGUUUCCUCCACUCCCACUGAUGGUUCCUACAAUCGGUAAAAUAUCAAUCUCAGCAAUACAGCUGAAUGUUCGAGCUGUUCUUGAUAUUCAAAAGACAUUGAACGACACACCAUAUAUGCGAGUGGUUAGCUGCCGUCUAGAAAAUGGUGUUGUUAGUGCUCGAGCAGAAAAUAUUGGCCUAUUAACUGAUUUGGCAAAUUUAAAAUAUCAGUGGCUAGGUAAAAAAUUAUGA